ACCUGUGACUUGUGUCUUGUGGUUAUACAGGAGUAGAGAGAAAAAUUAAUGAAGAUGGUUUUAAUCAACAUAUUUUUCCUAUCAACGAUUCUUGCAGCUUCGUCUGCACUGAACUGCACCACGUGUUUUGGUAAUGGCACAAAAUGUACUCAUUACGAUGAGAGCAGAAAAUGUCCACCUGGUGAAGAUUUUUGUGGUAGAGUAUUGUUCAUGCAAAACGGCGUCGAGAAAGUUUUUGAAGCAUGCGCUUCGUUGAAUCAUUGCGCUGGAACUCUUAACUGUUCGAAGCUAGGAACCGACUUUGGAAAUCUUUUUGAAGGUGCGACUAAUUGUAUUACAUCAUGCUGUGAUGCAGACAAUUGUGACCCACCAGCUCCUCUGAAAUGCUACCAAUGUCAAGGAAAAGGAAAGACGUGUAAAACAAAUAGUAUCAGCUGUGGAUAUAAAGAUCAGUGUCUGAGGAUCAACUACAAGGUCGGUGAAGAUCUGAUGACUGACGAGCGUUGUUACCAGUCUUCGCGUUGUUCAAAUUCUUCAGAGAUUUGUGGUUUAGUAAAGAAGAAUAACCAAACGAUUAAAGAGUGUAAAACGGGAUGUUGCGAUACAAAAAAUUGUAUCGCAAAAUUCAAACCUGGUAAUUCUUUCGGCAUGCCUCCUAUUGCCAGCUUUCUUUUGAUUGGCUCUUUGUUAAUACUUGUUGAAAUACUCAAACUCUGAGACAAUUAAUGCAUGUUAACUUGCUUUACUUAUUUUGCUGAUUGCUAUAAUAUUUACAGUUGCAUAAAGAACUGUUAAUAGUUGCGCUUUUUUAAUUUAAGUUUGAUCAAAAUACAUGGAAUUAGUUGUUCGUUCAUUAAUAAAUUAUA